GCCAUUGUCCUCUCCGGCGGCGGAGGCGGAGGGGUGGCGUCCGAGGAAUGGGGGCUCGGCUCUCUGCGCUCAGGCCACCGGCUCGCUCCCCCCGCGCUGACUGGACCGGCCCGAGGCCAGCUCGCGCUCCUCUUCCUCGCAGAUGAUACUCCUUCCAACUCUGAAAAGUUUCAGGUGACUAAAAGUCAGACAAGAGUUGAUUUUCACCAGGCAGACCCUACCUGGAACAAAAAGGCCUUUCCUUAAGGGAGGAGGAUGACCACAAAAGAAAAAAAAGGAAAAGGCCUGGAUCCUUUGGGCCCUAUGGCAGUAAAGGAGGAGGAAGAAGAUGAAGACACUUGGGGUCAGGUACCCUGGAAAAAAAUAGUAACCCUGGGAAAAGCCCAGGCGUCAACUCUGAUGUCACCCAACAACUAUUCAUCAACUGGAACCUCUUUGCUACCUGCAGUGAUGGCCAGAUCCAGGGACGGAAAGCUAGAAAAUCAUGGGAGUAUGGUGUCCCUGGGUGGUAAGACCAGACCUGAAAGUGAUGACAUCCCUGAAGAAAAAGGAUCCCAUACAGUGGCAUCAGGAAGGUUUCAGCAAGAUAUUCCCUUGGGAUCUAAGUUUUUAGAAGCUUGUGAAGUGGAACAUGGUGGGGAAGUGAGGCAGCUGAUAAUCCCUAUAAGGAAGAUAGUAAAGGAAGAGAACCAAGAUAUCCAAAGAAUUAUGGACAAAGAUAAGACAAGCCCCUCAGGAGAGAAAAGCCAGAACUGUGAAAAACUGGGGGAAAGUUUCAGUAUUGGCACAAAACUUGCUACACACAAGAGAAUCCAGAAUGCUUAUGCAUGUGAUGAAUGUGGGAAAGCCUUCAGUCAGAGCUCUACCCUUAUUGUACAUCAAAGGGUUCACACUGGGGAGAAACCUUAUGAAUGUCAGGAGUGUGGGAGAGCCUUCACAAGGAGUUCACACCUUAUAAGGCAUCAUAGAAUCCAUACUGGAGAAAAACCAUAUAAAUGUAAUGUGUGUGGGAAAAUGUUUAGUCAGGGUUCAAGCCUUAUUGUCCAUCAGGGUGUUCACACUGGGGAGAAACCCUAUGAAUGUCAGGAAUGUGGGAAAACCUUCAGUCGAAGUUCACGCCUCAUUGUCCAUCAGAGAAUCCACACUGGGGAGAAGCCCUAUGAAUGCAAUGAAUGUGGAAAAGCCUUCAGCUGUAGUUCCUAUCUUAUUGUCCAUCAAAGAAUCCACACUGGGGAGAAGCCCUAUCGAUGUAAUGAGUGUGGGAAAGCCUUUGGUCAGAGUUCACAUCUUAUUUUCCAUCAAACAACUCAUGCUCGAAAGAAACAUAAGCUAGCUGCACUGGUUAGAGCACCAUCUUGACAGGCAAGGUUUCAGCUGUGUCAGUUCAGUAAUUGUUUCUGUGCUCUUCCAUUUGCCUAAUAAUGCUAGGUGAUAGGGAAUGGGAAUUAAGUUGGACAUUGAACAUCACCUGGAUAUAGAAUAAAUGGAGAAGAGAGGGAAGGACCUUCCAGGUGAACGAAACAGAAAGAAGAAAGGCAAUUAGGAAUAAUUUGUGUGUG